AUGAUGUCAAACAAGCGGUCCCCGCAAAUCGCUGGCAAUGCGAGUUCAGUGCCGAGCACAAGUAGCAGCACUAGUAGCAGCAGUGGAACAGGAGGCACCGUAAACCCUAGUAGCGCAAGCAACGGCGUCACGAGCAAUGGCAACAACUCUGUUAAUGUUGUGCCCUCGCGGACACUGGCAGCUGCGGGUGACGGUGGCAUGUCGGUGCCAAAUUUGACCGCCGUGUCGUCGUCCAGAGGUGGGUUUGCUUCUCUGAGUAGACCUUCCGCGUCCUCCGGCAGUAGGAAGAGGUCUCUUCAUCAAGCGCCGCUUUACAACGGCCUGUUGAACUCAUAUGAAGACAAAAGCAACGACUUUGUUUGUCCCAUUUGCUUUGAAAUGAUAGAAGAGGCACACAUGACCAAGUGUGGGCACAGUUUUUGUUUCAAAUGCAUCCGUCAGAGUCUAGAAGAUAGCAACAGGUGUCCCAAAUGCAACUACAUUGUUGAUAAUGUGGAUCAACUUUACCCAAACUUUCUUGUUAAUGAACUGAUCCUUAAGCAGAAGCAAAGAUCAGAGGAGAAGAGACUAAAACUAGAUCAUCCUAAUGGAUCCAGGUGGCAUAUUUUCCAGGAUGUGUUGAGUCCGGACCAAGAAAACUUGGACCUGGCAAAUGUCAAUCUAAUGUUGGAGCUACUUGUUCAGAAGAAGAAGCAGCUGGAGGCGGAAUCCCAAGCAGCUCAGAGGCAGAUCCUCAUGGAGUUUCUUAAAGAAGCCAGGAGAAACAAGAGAGAGCAACUGGAACAACUACAGAAGGAACUGAACUUUCUUGAAGAGGAUAUUAAGCGCGUUGAGGAAAUGAGUGGGCUGUACUCUCCAAUGGAGGCAGAGUGCACAGUGCCCAAUGUUGAGGCACCCUCACCAUCACCCAGUAGUAUAAUUGAGCCACCAAACUAUAGCCAACCGCCAGAAUUUGGUGGAACAGCCCAGGGGAAAAGGCAGACCUGGUAUAACAGCACACUUGCAUCAAGGAGAAAAAGGUUAACUGCUCAUUUUGAAGAUCUUGAGCAGUGUUACUUCUCCAACAAAAUGUCACGCAUCUCAGAUGAAGGCAGGAACUUGAACCAGCUGGAUGACUUUAUGGAGUGUCUUUCUAAGUUUACACGCUACAAUUCUGUGCGACCCCUGGCCACUCUCUCCUAUGCCAGUGACCUCUAUAAUGGCUCUAGUAUUGUCUCUAGCAUUGAGUUUGACCGUGAUUGUGACUACUUUGCCAUUGCUGGUGUGACAAAGAAGAUCAAGGUGUUUGAAUAUGGCACUGUGAUCCAAGAUGCAGUGGAUAUCCACUAUCCUGUUAAUGAAAUGACAUGCAAUUCAAAAAUCAGCUGUAUCAGCUGGAGUAGCUAUCACAAGAACCUCCUAGCAAGCAGCGACUAUGAGGGUACGGUCAUAUUAUGGGAUGGAUUUACCGGUCAUAGGUCGAAGGUGUAUCAGGAGCAUGAGAAAAGAUGCUGGAGUGUAGACUUUAAUCUGAUGGACCCAAAGUUGCUAGCAUCUGGCUCUGAUGACGCUAAAGUGAAGUUGUGGUCAACCAAUCUGGACAACUCUGUGGCCAGCAUCGAAGCUAAAGCUAAUGUCUGCUGUGUUAAAUUCAGUCCAACCUCCCGGUAUCAUCUCGCCUUUGGCUGUGCAGAUCACUGUGUCCAUUACUAUGACCUCCGCAACACUAAGCAGCCAAUUAUGGUGUUCAAAGGCCAUCGGAAAGCUGUUUCCUAUGCUAAGUUUGUUAAUGGAGAGGAAAUUGUUUCUGCGUCAACAGACAGUCAGCUGAAGCUGUGGAAUGUCAACAAACCUCAUUGCCUGCGCUCCUUCAAGGGUCACAUCAAUGAGAAGAAUUUUGUUGGCCUUGCUUCUAAUGGAGACUAUAUUGCCUGUGGCAGUGAGAACAAUUCCUUGUACCUGUACUACAAAGGACUUUCCAAGACACUUUUAACAUUCAAGUUUGACACUGUAAAAAGUGUACUUGAUAAAGAUAAGAAGGAAGAUGACACCAAUGAGUUCGUCAGUGCUGUCUGUUGGCGGGCCCUACCAGAUGGAGAGUCAAAUGUGUUGAUUGCUGCAAACAGUCAAGGAACAAUCAAGGUACUUGAACUUGUCUGA